AUGACAGAGGAAAAAGCCACCACACACUUUAUCCACACGGAUUCCAUCAUGAUGGAAGGAACAGUGGCCAUCAAAUUAGGAGGAAGCACAACCACAGUUAAAGAUUCACUGCAUUGCUUAAAUCAUGAAAAUAUUGAAUGGAUGUCACAACAAAUAGCCGAACUUUACCACAAAUUUCACACAAAAUUAAUUAUUGUACAUGGUGCUGGAAGCUUUGGUCAUUUUGAAUAUGCAGAAGUGAAGAACAUUCUUCAAUCAGAAGAAUUUAAAAAUUCAGAACAUAAUCCAAAAUCAGAAAUUAUUCAAAGACUCCAAAUGAAAAUUGCAGAAACACGAUUUUACGUUCAGCAAUUAAAUAAGGAAAUUGUUCACCGUUUAAUUUUAAAAAAGAUUCCAGCCAUGAGUGUUUCACCAUUUGAUUGUGGAGGUUUUAUGAAUGAUAGUGAAGCAACAAAACGAAUUGAAGGAUUGGUGGAAAUGAGAUAUGUUCCAGUGAUACAUGGAGAUUUACAAUUUAACACAACAGAGCGUAGUUUCAAGGUGAUAUCAGGAGACACGAUUAUGGAAGAGUUAUCUUGUUUAGGAUUGACCACAAGAUCAAUAUUUGUGACAGAUGUUUUUGGUGUUUAUUUAAACUGUCCAUCAAAGGAGUCACAAUUUAAUGAGAUUUCAGCCACUAGAGGUCUGAUCAAGAAAAUUAGACUAUUUUCAAAUAAUGAGUCAACUUGCACAUAUGAAUUGGACAUGUACGAAAAUUCAUGCACACCAUCAGAAAUUACGACAGAGCUACGACAUCAACAUGAUGUCACGGGAGGAUUUGAAAAAAAGCUCUCCUCUGCAUUUGCAAUAGCAAGAAGAGGUCAUCAGGUCUAUAUUGUAAAGGCAGGUACAAAUAACCUUGAAACAGCAGUACUCAAGAAGCAUGUGGCGUGUGGAAAUUUGUCAACAUUUCAAUUCUUAGGCACUGAAAUUUCAUCUGAUGUAUGA